AUGAGAACUUCGGCAAUAAAAUUUUUAUCAACACCAAAUAAAGCUGUUUUUGAAAAAGUGUUUUAUCGAAUUAUUGUGUGGUUCAAUGUUGAUUUUGAAACUGUUGACAAAAACAAAUGUCGAAACUUUGAGUUUUAUAAUAUUAUUUACACUCAAACCGAUUGUGAGAAAUUUGGUAAUAACAUACCAUCAAGUGUCACAUCAAUUGGUGAAUAUUGUUUCUUUAAUUGUAAUAGUCUAAGUAGUGUUACAAUACAAUCGAAUGUCACAUCAAUUGCUAUUGGUUGUUUCUGUGGAUGCAGUAGUUUAACAAGUAUAACGAUACCAUUUAGUGUUAUAUCAAUUGGUGAUCAGUGUUUCAGUCUAUGUAAAAGUCUAAGCAGUAUUACAAUACCAUCUAGUGUGACAUAUAUUGGUAAAGGUUGUUUCCAUAAAUGUGAUAGUUUAAGUAAUGUUACAAUACCAUUAAGUAUCAUAACAAUUCCUGGUAUGUGUUUCCGUGGAUGUAACAAUUUAAGUAGUAUUAUAAUACCAUCAAGUGUGAAUCAUAUUGGUAAUAACUGUUUUAGUGAAUGUCAAAAUUUGACUUGCAUUGCAAUACCAUCAAGUGUAACAUUCAUUGAUGAAGGUUGUUUCUAUAAAUGUUGUAGACUAAAUAUUGUUACAAUAUCAUUUGGUGUGAAAUCUAUUGGUGAUAAAUUUUUCUUUAAAUGCGGAAGUCUAAGAAGUGUUAUAUUACCAUCAAGUGUGACAUCAAUUGGUAAUUUUUGUUUCUAUAAAUGUGGUGCUUUAAAAAGUAUUACAUUACCAUCAAGUGUGACAUCAAUUGGUGAUAGUUGUUUUAUUUAUUGUAUUAAUCUUAGCAGUGUUACGAUACCUUCAAAUGUUGAAUUAAUUGGUAAUCAAUGUUUUAAAGAAUGCAAAAGUUUGAGCAAUGUAAAUUUACCAUCAUAUGUAAAAUCAAUUGGUGAUGAAUGUUUCAGUAAAUGUAAUAAACUCAGCAGUGUUAAAAUACCAAAAUAUAUUAAAACAAUUGGUAAAUGUUGUUUCAAUGAAUGUUAUAACCUUAGCAAUGUUACAAUACCAUGUAGUGUAACAUUAAUUGGUAAUAAAUGUUUCCCAUUAAAAACGACAAUCCAUAUAAGUUAUUGA